GCGCGCACACAUUGAGACACACACAAACAACACACAUGCAUGUAAGGAUCAGUACUAGGAAACAAAACCCAUUAAAUGACUUGCAUCUCCCAACGCUCCCUCAAACAGUAUCUACAUAACUCAUAUUACAUCAUCAUUCAUCCCCCACAAACUCUCCUUUAAAUAAUGAAAACUGAAAAUCUUCUCUAAGAUCCCAUUCACCAUGAUUUUUAGUAAAGCAUCUUCAGUUCUCUCUCAAUCUCAACAAGAAGAACUUGUUCAAAAACUUGAAAUCUUCAAGAUUCAAGGCAGAGAUAAACAAGGACAUGCCAUACUUCGCAUCAUAGGAAACCUUUUCCCUGCGAGGAUUGUGAAUGUGGAGGCACUGAAGAAAUACUUGGAAGAACAAAUUUUUCCAAGCUUAAGUGAGAGGCCAUACUCAGUGGUGUAUGUGCACACAGGGGUAGAUAGAAGUGAGAACUUACCUGGAAUAUUAGGUUUAAGAUCAAUCUACAAGGCCAUUCCAAUCAAUAUCAGAGAAAAUCUGAAGGCAGUUUAUUUCCUGCAUCCUGGCUUUCAGUCCCGACUCUUCCUCGCCACCUUUGGACGUCUCCUCUUCCCAGGAUGCUUUAACAGGUUUUAUUGGAAGCUGAGGUACAUUAACAGGUUGGAAUAUCUGUGGAAUAACAUAAGGAGGAAAGAAAUUGAGAUUCCAGAAUUUGUGCAUGAACAUGACGAGGAGCUCGAGUACCAUCGAGCCAUGGACUAUGGAUUGGAGAGCGAUCACCCAAGAGCAUAUGGAUCCCCUAGUCUUGACACUACAGUAUUCACCUACUCCAUGAGGUGUAUUGGUUAAGUAUAGUGUGACUGUGAUAGUGAUUGACAUCAAUGGGCUGACUUCGGCUCUUGAGCCCUCUGUUGUCUCAAUUGGUGUGGCAAUGUACCC